AUGUCACGCCUAGAACAUUCCUUCUCCUUCGCUCCUCUCCUCGUUACCUAACUAUAACUCGCUCUAUCAGCUUCACUUCAUCUCUUCCGCUCUCCUCUUCGAUCAUGUCUCAGAGACAGGGAAGCCGGGGUCAUAGAGAACAAAGAUGGAGACAGAAACCAAUAUCUAAUGGGCAUUCUUCAAUCAAUGAAGGCGUCUCGGCAGCUGUUUCUGAGGCAGUAACUAAUCAACUUGAUGGAUUAAGUAUUGCGGAGAACUGGAUGCAAACCCAUGCUUCUGCAACACCUGUUCAGUCUGGGGUUGUUCAGUCUGUGAACCAGAGUUAUGUGCAAAGCCCACAAGCUAUAUGGAAGCCCAAGUCUUAUGGAACAGUAAGUGGAGCUUCAGCUGCAAAAGUUGAAGGUGUACAUGUUGAUAAGAUGUCAGCUCCUAUACAAGGUAAUGCAUCUGGAGCUGUUGCAGCAGAGAAAAGCAGUGUUGGUUUGAGUAAAAUAUUUGGGAGUGAUCUAUUGGAAAAUUUUACUGUGGACAACUCGACAUAUUCAGUUGCGCAAGUAAGAGCCACCUUCUAUCCCAAAUUUGAAAAUGAGAAGUCUGAUCAGGAGAUCAGGACACGAAUGAUAGAAAUAGUAUCCAAUGGCCUUGCUACUGUGGAGGUUUCUCUUAAACACUCAGGUUCUCUUUUUAUGUAUGCGGGGCAUGAAGGUGGAGCUUAUGCCAAAAACAGUUUUGGAAAUAUAUUCACUGCUGUUGGUGUUUUUGUUCUUGGACGGAUGUUUUGUGAGGCAUGGGGAACUAAGGCAGCAGCGAAACAAGCGGAGUUCAAUAGUUUUCUUGAGAGGAAUCGAAUGUGCAUAUCAAUGGAAUUGGUAACUGCUGUUCUGGGAGAUCAUGGACAGCGCCCCAGAGAAGAUUAUGCGGUAGUGACAGCAGUCACAGAAUUGGGUAAUGGCAAGCCAAAGUUCUAUUCAACUCCUGAAGUAAUUGCUUUCUGUCGGAAAUGGCGCUUACCAACAAAUCACGUGUGGUUGUUCUCAACUAGGAAAUCAGUCACAGCAUUUUUCGCUGCAUAUGAUGCACUAUGUGAAGAAGGCACAGCAAGUCCAGUAUGUAAGGCUUUAGAUGAAGUUGCAGAUAUAUCUGUGCCAGGUUCAAAGGACCAUAUAAAGGUGCAAGGGGAAAUCUUGGAGGGUUUAGUGGCUCGUAUAGUUAAUCGUGAAAGCAUAAAACAAAUGGAGGAGGUUUUGAGAGAUUAUCCUUCUCCUCCAGCUGAUGGAGCUGAUCUUGAUUUGGGACCAAGUCUAAGGGAUAUCUGUGCUGCAAAUAGGUCAGAUGAAAAACAGCAAAUAAAAGCUCUUCUUCAAAGUGUAGGACCCUCCUUUUGUCCUGAUCAUUUGGAUUGGUCUGGGAAAGAAUCCGUUCAUUCUCAUUCCAGAGAUGUGGGCAAAUCUGUUCUUUCAAAAUUUUUGCAGUCUCAUCCUGCUGAUUAUUCAACCACCAAGUUGCAGGAAAUGGUUCGUUUGAUGAGAGAAAAACGUUUUCCUGCUGCCUUUAAGUGUUACCAUAAUCUCCACAGAAUUGACUGUGUAUCAAGUGAUAACCUUUUUUACAAAAUGGUCAUCCAUGUCCAUAGUGACAGUGGUUUUCGGCGUUAUCAGAAAGAGAUGAGGCACAAGCCUGCACUGUGGCCUUUAUAUCGAGGUUUUUUUAUUGACAUUAAUUUAUUCAAGGCAAGCAAGGAGAGAGCCGCUGAAAUUGCAAAAAACAAGGACAAUGUUGGGGAACAUGCGAAUGGUAGUGGUAGCAUAUUAGAACUGAAUGGUUUAGCUGAUGAUGAUGCAAAUUUAAUGAUCAAAUUGAAAUUCCUGACAUAUAAGCUGAGAACCUUUCUGAUACGCAAUGGCUUAUCAGUUCUUUUCAAGGAAGGUCCAGCUGCUUACAGGGCCUAUUACCUUAGGUGAGAUUUGAAAACUUGGGGCACUUCAGCUGGAAAGCAGAGAGAACUCAGCAAGAUGCUUGAUGAAUGGGCUGCAUACAUCCAAAGGAAGCAAGGAAAGAGACAGUUAUCAUCGUCAAUAUACCUCACUGAAGCAGAGUCUUUUCUUGAACAGUACGCAAAACGUAGUCCGCAGAAUCAGGCUCUGAUUGGAUCUGCCGGGAAUUCAGUGAGGGCUGAAGAUUUCCUAGCAAUCACUGAAGGAGCUAGAGAUGAAGAGGAUGAUCUGGAGAAAGAGCGGGAGCCAGAGCCAAUAACCUCUAUCCAUCCAGUGAAAGAUACUGUUCAAAGAGAUGCGGGUUUGAUUGUGUUUUUUCCUGGAAUACCAGGAUGCGCAAAAUCUGCACUUUGCAAGGAAUUAUUAAAUGCCCCCGGAGGACUUGGAGAUGAUCGUCCAGUCCAUAGUUUGAUGGGUGAUCUUAUCAAAGGAAGGUAUUGGCAGAAGGUUGCCGACGAACGUCGGAGAAAACCAUGUUCUAUAAUGCUUGCAGACAAAAAUGCACCAAAUGAGGAGGUUUGGAGACAGAUAGAGGAGAUGUGCUGGAGAACUAAAGCUUCUGCUGUUCCAGUUAUUCCUGAUUCUGAAGGUAACAUCAUGGUUCUUUUUUCUGUAGUUCAUUAUUCUCAUCUAGAAUCUCAUCUUUUCUGUGUUAUUUUAGUUUACUUUUUGCUUAUGCUACUUACAUUAAAUUUCCUAUUUCUUCUUCUAAUAAAAUUUUUUUACAUAAAAAGGCAAUAUGCAUUGUGUCUUUUCUCUUCAUUCUUUUUAUUCCUGAUGAUCGGUUACAGUAAUCUUUCUUGCACUUUACAUACCUGUAGAAGUGCUUUGCCAAAUGCUGUUAGAUCUAUUCUGGAAGAGGGAAUAAAUCUUUACAACCUUCACACCAACAGACAUGGAAGAUUGGAUUCGACAAAGGGAUCAUACGCUCAAGAGUGGACAAAAUGGGAGAAGCGGUUAAGGCAGGUUCUAACUGACAACACAGAGUAUCUAAAUUCAGUUCAGGUUUCAUUUGAUUUUGCUGUUAAGCAAGUGUUAGAACAACUAAGAAAUAUUGUGAAGGGCGAAUACAAACCACCAACACCAAGCACUGGGAAGAGAAAAUUUGGGAACAUUGUUUUUGCUGCCGUCAGUUUACCUGCUACAGAAAUCCAAAGUCUACUUCAUAAGAUGGCCGAGAAAGACUCAAAAGUGGAAACCUUUUUGAAGGAUAAACAAAUGGAGCACAGCCUUAAGAAAGCUCAUGUUACUCUUGCUCACAAGAAAAGUCAUGGCGUUACAGCAGUGGCUAGUUAUGGCGUCUACCUCAAUCAAAAUGUCCCUGUGGAAUUUAAUGCUCUUCUCUUUACCGAUAAAAUGGCAGCCUUAGAAGCCCAACUUGGUUGUGUUGAUGGGGAAAAAAUUAUUUCAAAAAACCAGUGGCCUCACGUUACUUUAUGGACUGCAGAUGGAGUUCCACCCAAGGAGGCUAACUUAUUGCCACAAUUGCUUUCAGAGGGAAAGGCAACCCUCGUUGAAAUCAAGCCACCGGUCACCAUAACUGGGAAAUUGGAAUUUUAUUAGCUCUCUCUCUCUCUACAUGUGUGUGUGUGUUAUGCACACAUACCUGGCGCUUAUAAACCCGUAAGGUGGAAGAGUCGUUGGUAACUUGGUAUAGAUUUCUUUUUACCAUUAGAUUCUCUUUUAUAACGAGAUCUAACGGUCAAAAAAGCAAUAAGUAAGAAAUGAUCAUUCAGUUGGAUCCCUUCAAAAUAUAGUUUCAUGUCUUUUAUGAAAUGGGUCUCAGGUACUUGCGAAGUUAAUACCCAUGUCAUGAGAUUUUGGGCUCUGGUAAAUUGCUGAGUGAAGGGAAAAGUUUUGGCAGGAUAGCAUCUGGUUGAUGACAAAUCGUGUAUAGGAUUUGGAACAGAACAGAUUUUGUUGAAUUUUUCUGGUUGCAAAAGAAUGGACUAAUACGAGUGGGGGAGUAUAUGUUGUCGUAUCUAUAUAUUUUUUGCUAUAAAGUACAGUGAUUGUAUCAGAUUCUGACUCCAUGAAUGACCAAAAUCUUUAAGACU